AUGAGCGUUCUCCUGCGAAGAGUCUGUGGACGAUACUCUUCUUCUCAAGCUCGUUGUGUAUUGGCAAAAAGGUCGUAUAAAUCUGUGAAGCUCGUUGGGCAAUGCCCUGAUGACGUCAUCCCCCCGUCACUCAUCCAUGGCGUCCAUGUCUUCCACUGCCCAGAUGAAGUGGGGAUUGUCGCCAAAUUAUCUGAAUGCAUAGCUUCAAGGGGCGGCAACAUUCUCAAUGCCGACAUUUUUGUGCCUGAAAAAGAGAAUGUCUUUUACUCCAGAAGUGAGUUUCUUUUCGACCCUGCUAAAUGGCCUCGGGAGCAAAUGGAUGAGGAUUUCUUGAAGCUUUCAAAGAUGUUCAAUGCAUAUAGAUCUGUUGUUCGAGUGCCCAAUUUAGAUCCUAAAUACAAGAUUGCAAUCCUUGCUUCAAAGCAGGACCAUUGCCUUGUCGAUUUGCUGCAUCGGUGGCAGGACGGAAAACUUCCGGUUAAUGUCACAGCUGUGAUAAGCAAUCACGAUAGAGCGCCAAACACCCAUGUGAUGCGUUUUCUCGAAAGGCACGGAAUUGUGUACCACUAUUUGGAAGCAAGAACUGAAGACAAAAGAGAAGGAGAUAUGUUGAAUUUGGUCAAGGAUACGGAUUUCCUAGUUCUUGCUAGGUACAUGCAGAUACUGUCCGGAAAUUUUUUAAGAAGCUAUGAGAAGGAUGUUAUAAAUAUUCAUCAUGGCUUGUUGCCGUCAUUCAAGGGUGGGAACCCAUCUAAGCAGGCCUUUGAUGCCGGUGUGAAAUUGAUUGGUGCAACAAGUCACUUCGUCACAGAAGAGCUCGAUGAAGGCCCGAUUAUUGAGCAAAUGGUGGAAAGUGUCUCUCACAGGGAUAAUUUACUGAGUUUUGUACAGAAAUCUGAGAACUUAGAGAAGCAAUGCCUAGCGAAAGCAAUAAAGUCGUAUUGUGAACUGCGAGUUUUGCCUUAUGCGAAAAACAAAACCGUUGUAUUUUGA